AUGGACCGGCGCGUUGCGGCAGAGGAGGAGAACGGCGGCGCCGAGACAAGCGCGCAGCUCCCCUUGCAGGCACCCUGCAGCUUCGGCUCCGCGCUGUGCUUCAGCUCGCCCGACGGCGGCAGCGGCGACAAAGCCCCGCAGCCGGAGCCCGACGCGGCCGCCUCCACUUCUUCCUCCUCGUCGUCGUUGGCUUGCAGUAGCAGCAGCAGCCGUGUGGUGCAGAGCCAGUGGGAGAUCAACAACGCGGCGUCCGAGUCGGAGGACGAGGAGGAAGGCGGCGGCGACCCGCGCGCCGCCUCGCAGGUGCCGGAGGAGGAGCCGGACCUGGUGAUCGAGGUGUCCGGGCGUCGCAUCCGAGCGCACAAGGCGGUGCUGGCGGCGAAGAGCGACUACUUCCGCGCGCGCUCGUCGCGGGACAUCCUGCGCGUCAAGGGGGUGAGCUACGGGGCGCUGCGCCUGCUGCUGGAGUACGUCUACACGGCGCGCAUGGGCGAGGUGCGCCACGACAACCUGGCCGAGGUGGUGAGCGGCGCCCGCGUGCUCCAGAUGCCGUGCGCCUUGCACUGCGCCGCCGAGGCCAUGCGGGCGCAGCUGCGCCUCGACAACUGCUACCAGCUCCUCUGCCUGGCCAAGAAGCAGCGGCUGGCCGAGCUGCGGGAGGCCGCCUACCGCUUCAUGAGCGACCACUACCUGCAAGUGCUGCGCGAGCCCGCCGUCUACGGGCGCCUGAGCGGCGCCGAGAGGGACCUGAUCCUGCAGCGCCGCCUGCAGGCCGGCAAGCCUUGCCUGCUGGUGGCCGAGGUCAGCGACGCCUUCGAGAGGCUCAGCGCGGGCAGCCGCCCGCAGAGCCGCGAGAGCAGCCGGCCCCAGAGCCCUUCCUCCGUGGUGUCCCUGGACGAGAACAGCUACCUGCUCUACAGCUACCAGGAGGCGGCCAAGGAGUGGAGGGUGCUCACCCGCCUGCCCGAGGAGGCCAACGCCAAGGGCUGCGCCAUGUGUGUCCUCUACAACUACCUCUUCUUGGCCGGAGGCAUCUCUACGGCGCCAGGGGAGCAGCGGGCCCGGCUUUCCGACAAGGUCUUUUGCUACAAUCCCUUGACUGACACAUGGAGCCAGGUGAAGCCCAUGGGGCAGCCUCGCUCCCAGCUGAAGCUCCUGGCCCUGGAUGGCUACCUCUAUGCUGUGGGGGGCGAGUGCCUCUUCACGGUGGAAAAGUACGACCCUCGGGCCGAUCGGUGGAGUCCAGUGGCCCCUCUGCCGAAAGGAGCGUUUGCUGUGGCGCAUGAAGCCACCACUUGCAACGGGGAGAUCUAUGUGUCCGGGGGGUCACUCUUCUACCGCCUGCUCAAGUACGAUCCCAAGCGGGAUGAGUGGCAAGAGUGCCCUUACAACAGCAGCCGGCGGCGCUCCGCCGACAUGGUGGCCUACAAGAGCUUCAUCUACCGCUUCGACGUGAGCAGCAGUCGCGGAGAACCGGCCCAGGCGGGUGGGGUGGAAGUCUUCCGGUACAACACGGUGGCCAAGCACUGGAGCCAGUGCGCUUCCUUGCGCCCCACCGGCAGCCCGGUGCAGCCGUUCCGCUGUGCUGCCUUGGCUGGUACCAUCUACUGUGUCAGCCGGACUGGAAUGCUUUGCUUUAACCUGUCCCAGAAUGGUGAGGUGGAAGCCGAUGGCGGACUCAAAGGCACCUUUGACGCAGAACUGCUCAAAUCCCCUUUUGACACGAAAGGGGUCCUUCUCCCAUUUGUGCUCACCCUGCCAGAGAAAGAGAAAAUUGGAGAGCCGGAGAGUCCUCUGGCAUUGUGAGAACCGUCCUGGCAUUGGGAACGCCACUUUGCACGCAGCUCCUCUCAAUACUCUGUCCCGUUUAUCCAUGCCAACAGUGCAGGGCUUUCGCCAGAGGAAGGAUCAGGGCAGGUACAGGCUCUCCAGCCUUUGGUGGUAAUGGCUGUUGGGGUUCCAAAGGUGGUAUCAGCAGCAGAGGAUACUCCAAGGUGGGACGUCACCUGUCUGUAGCAACUCUUUCAUUGCUAUAGAAGCGGAACGGGAGGGCACUGCCAGAAAUACUUACACAUGCAUGGAAAAUUAUGGUGUCCCACCUAAAGUGUUGACUAGCUGGCUGUAGCUGUCCAAAGCUUUCUAGUUACUUUAUGUAGGAAAGAAUUCACCUUUUGGCACUUAUAUGAGCCAGCCAGUGAACGACUUGGCUAAAGUAGAUUAAUUGUCUGUGCCACUUUCCAGUCUAGAAGUAUUCUGGAGCUAUAUAACAUUCAGGAAAGGAGCAGCUUUUGAAGGAAUUCCAAUAAUGGGGUUGUUCCUUUUGUACAUAUGCAUUUUUGAAAAGGGGGGGGGGAGUCUUUUUCCUCCUGGCUUUUUUUCUCUCUCUCUUGAAUGCUAGUGGUGGUAGGGAAUUUGCAAGCAAUGGAGGGGGAGUUAAGUAUACCUUUUAGGAGGAUUAACAGGACAAAACAAUGCUUCUUGUGUUAGAAGCAGUGGAUGAUCAUCUGGGUCACUGUAUUCCCCCCCCCCUUUUUAAAGUUUAAUGGAGUCUUUAUUGAAGACAUGGUAUUGUGCAGUCACAGGAAGUUGCAGCCACAGUUCAUGAUUUAACAGAAGCCAGACCUAAAGGUUUAAAACAAGUUAAAUUUCUCCCACAUGUACUUACUUUGGGAAUAGAGGGAAACUGAAACAAAGACAUCAGUGUAUAUUCAAUUCCGCUUUUGCUUCUUUAUUAAGGUGCGCAUUUUGUUUAGACACAGUCUAUCAGAAAUAUAUAAUCAGUUUUGGUUUUGACAUACCCUGGCGGUGUUUUUCAGUUUUGCAUUGUAACUCCCAUAUUUGGAUCUUGACAAAUUGGCAAGAAUGAACAUACCAGUGAGUUCUCAGUAGGGGGAGAGUUUUGUUUGUUUACGUUCACUGCUGUUAACUGCAAAUCAACACACGUCAAUGAAAACCAAAUGUGGCUUACUUGAAACUUAUUGCACACAAUUGAAAUACUUCAUUUUUAUGUCCAGAGUCCUUCACCAAGAAAUAGCUCUUCCAUUGUUCACAUAAGGAAAUAAGGAGGAGUUUGCUAGGCAAGGUGAUUUCCAUUCUGCCCUAGCAGCAACGAGACUGAUUUAACUGUAGUUAAUAAUUCACUUUGCAAGUUCAUUAUGUAUAGAGGCUAUGUGCUUUCUGUUUCUAUCCUAAAUCUUUGGCUGAACAAUUACUUACCAAAGCAUCACAUUCUGAGAUGGAUACCACCAGUUUCCAUACUUGCAGGCAGUGGAACUUACUGCUUUCCAUAUUGCAUGGACUGGACUUAAAACUGUUAUUUUCAGUUAAUUUAAAAUUUGAAAAGCUGUUUAUCAUUGGCUUGCAUCCAAAGAGCUGC